UUAUGAUGUUUGCAAAUUUUUAGCACUGGCAACAUUGCAAAUGAAAAAAAAGGAACAAGUACGACAUUUGUCGUCAGCUUCAGUCGACAUACAUCGCCAUCAGCUGCCGAGAGGAAAAUGGCUGGUCCUCUAACUCGCCUAAAUACCCUCUCCAAGGGGAAUUUCGGUUCCCUUGGGUCACUUGCAGUGGUGCAAAUUCGUCACAACUCAACUGGCCAGCCGCCAGCCCAAACUAAGACUAAGUUUGGCCCUCUGAAUGAUGAUGACAGAAUUUUCACCAAUUUAUAUGGGCGUCACGACUGGCGCCUGAAAGGAGCCAUGAAGCGGGGCGAUUGGUAUAAGACCAAGGAAAUUUUGUUGAAGGGAACAGACUGGAUUCUGAAUGAAGUUAAGACCUCUGGUCUUCGUGGCAGGGGCGGAGCCGGUUUCCCAACAGGAAUGAAAUGGGGCUUCAUGAACAAGCCCUCUGACGGCAGACCCAAGUACCUCGUGGUAAAUGCUGAUGAAGGUGAGCCUGGAACUUGCAAAGAUCGGGAAAUUAUGAGGCAUGACCCACACAAGCUCGUUGAGGGAUGCCUGGUGGCUGGGCGAGCAAUGGGUGCUAAGGCAGCUUACAUUUACAUUCGAGGAGAGUUUUACAAUGAAGCAUCUAACAUGCAAAUUGCAAUCAGUGAGGCCUACCAAGCUGGAUUCCUAGGAAAGAAUGCUUGUGGCUCUGGAUAUGAUUUUGACGUCUUCAUGCACCGUGGUGCAGGUGCCUACAUCUGUGGUGAGGAGACUGCUCUCAUUGAAUCCAUUGAAGGAAAGCAAGGCAAGCCCCGUUUGAAGCCUCCAUUCCCUGCUGAUGUUGGUGUGUUUGGCUGUCCAACAACUGUUUCCAAUGUUGAAACUGUUGCAGUUGCUCCUGCUAUUUGCAGGCGGGGCGGUGCAUGGUUUGCUAGUUUUGGACGGUCUCGAAACUCAGGCACUAAACUUUUCAACAUCUCAGGUCAUGUCAACAGACCUUGUACUGUUGAGGAAGAAAUGUCAAUUCCCCUUAAAGAGCUCAUCCAGAUCCAUGCUGGAGAUGUUACUGGAGGAUGGGACAACCUACUGGCUAUCAUUCCAGGUGGAUCCUCAACUCCUCUCAUUCCAAAGAAUGUUUGUGAGGACGUUCUUAUGGAUUUUGAUGGUCUUGUAGCUGCACAGACUUCUUUGGGAACCGCAGCCAUUAUUGUAAUGAACAAGCAAACUGAUGUAAUCAAGGCUAUUGCUCGACUAAUUGAAUUUUACAAACACGAGUCAUGUGGACAGUGCACACCAUGUCGUGAGGGCAUCAACUGGAUGAACAAAAUCAUUCACCGGUUUGUCACUGGUAAUGCCCAGCCUGGUGAGAUUGACAUGUUGUGGGAGCUGAGUAAGCAAAUUGAAGGACAUACGAUUUGUGCUUUGGGUGAUGGUGCCGCUUGGCCUGUUCAGGGUCUUAUUCGGCACUUCAGGCCUGUGAUUGAGGACCGCAUGAAGCAAUUUGAAGAGAAGAAAGCAGCCUCAGCCAGCAAUUAAAUUAAAUUAAUAUGUUAGCACUCUUAUUAUCAAGAGAAAUUAAUGUUGCACUCGUAUGUUUCUUUCUGAUUUCCAUCGCUACACCUGAAACAUUGUACAUAUGCGCUUGUGUGAUAAGGAAGAUAAUGAAUCAAAUAAGAGGACUAAUUAUUUUAAAGGAGUAUUUAUUGUAUAUACCUACUUUAAGUCUUUUCCUCCUUAUGAAUUGAAAUUCUUCAAGAUCAGAUUGUGUCGAAAACAAGAAUAAAAGAAAUAGGUAAAUAGUAAA